CCAAAAUACAGCUGUUUUCCGUCACUGCCGUAUACAGCAAAAAUAUAUACGGUGGGUGUAUUCCGACAAUGCGGUGGCAGUUGCAGGAUAAAAGAUACUAAUAUAUUAGAGUUCAAAUGAAGUGGAAACCUGUCGAUUACAUGUCAAUGCAAUGAACACAAAUAUGUCGUCAUUUUUAAUUAUUAUGAAGCCAUACCUCACCCUUCCUGAACACCUGGUAUCGAUGGAAAUAUACAUAUAUUGCAUAUGUAUGGUGGUUCCGAUGUCAUUACCUCAUUAGAUUCACAUGCUUGAUUCAAGUUAACAAAACUUGAUUGAUUUUUUCAUAUCAUUUGGUUUGGAAUGUUAGACCUAUGUUACAAAUAUUUACAUGUAUGCAUUCUGCAGUAUAUAUCGGAAAAGGCAAAUGGAGGUCAUCACAAAUGUUUUCAUAAAUCGAACAUACAUUUUUAUUGGGGUUACCGAUAUUUUGUCAAAUACAUUGUAUUUUAAUUUAUUUCUUUUUGAAAUGAUUGAUUCUUAAUGCUACUAAAUUGGUAAUUACUCUGCCGUACACUGUCUCCUAAUAUGAGUUUGCGGUAACAUGUAAUUGUUUGUUCCUAGGAUGAAAGACUUUCUCGAAGAUUGAUUUUGGUAUUACUUUUCUAAUAUGAUAUAGAUGAAAUUAUUGUGGAGUACGAUGGUUACAUUAUGUUGAAAUUAGUUUCUUGCUUCUACUUUGUUUUGUUUGUAUCCCUAUUUUAAAAUAAUUGCUGGACUAAUUAAUACAUACUUAGCUGAUAUCGAAUAAUAUUGCCAAGAUAUAUGAGUACAGCAAAAAGAAAAAAUCGAUGCAAAUGGCUAUGCAUAGAUUUGUUUUAUAUAUUAUGAUUUUUUAUUUUAAGGUAAUAUUAAAAAAGGGUAUAAAACGGAUAGAUGUAUGAGAAGCUUACCGUGUGGAAACUUGACAAUUAUGACUCCAGCUAAAAUGGAAGACAGAAAACAUUAUAACAUAUUGAGUUUGUUAUAUCUUAUUGUCGGUGGUCUUUGUCGUAGAUAUAAUGUUUCUGUUUAGUGCUAUAGAGUUAUAUUUCAGAUGUUAGUGGAAUUCUUGUCUGGUAUUUUUAGAGUAUCCAUAUAAUAAAUUUUCAUCAGUGGGUAACUUAUUGGUUUACAUUUAUCUAUUGGCUAGAUCCAGGAGAUAGUUUUCAUAUUUUGUCCUCGUUAUUAGGGUUACAAUUUACAGUUGAUAUGUUUAUAUGUCGAUGUUCUUUGUUGUUAUUGUUUGAGACUAUUUACUGUACCUGUCUGUGGAACAACUAAUUCAUAGCAAACUGGUAUUAAAAUAUUGUUCGUGUAACUUAUCCUAAACUUCCAAAAGUGCAGUAAAAUAUAGUUACAAAUGAACAUGUUUUUUCUUUUUGUUUUAACGGCACGUUAUUCCAAAGGAGCGGGAACAUACAGCGUUACAAUAGUAAAAAUAGAAAUUCAGUUUUGCUAUCAGGCUUUAUCAAAGUGUGCACAGAACGUUGAUGAGCAGGAAACUGUGGAUGUUUAAAAGGCAAAUGACUGCAAAUUCGAUCCAGCCCAUAAUAUUCCUGUCUCAUGGGGCUGGUCCUUCGUUUUAUAUGGAUGCCGAACAGGCACCGAUGUUCAAAGGUUUAGACAAAAAUUCCAAAGCAGCAAGAGUUUUGAAAAGCUUUGUGUCUGACAAUCAUAUCAAACCUCCCAGAGCCCUUGUUGUGUUGAGUGCACAUUGGCAGGAAGAGACCUGUUGUAUCAACACAAAUGACAAGCACUCCCUGUUAUACGACUAUGGCGGGUUCCCACCAGAGACCUACACACUUGAGUGGCCAGUAACUGGGGAUCUGGAUGUUGCCAGGAGGGUCAAGGAAUUACUAGAGGCAGGAGGAAUCGAGUGUAAGGAGGAGAAGAAGCGGGGAUUGGAUCAUGGUGUGUUCGUACCCUUAAAACUAGUGUUCCCGGCGGCUGAUAUUCCAGUGAUACAAGUGUCGCUCCUUAAUAGCCUGGACAUGAGUGAACACCUGAAGAUUGGAGAGGCAUUGUCGGACCUAUGUAAGGAAAAUGUACUGGUGAUAGGAAGCGGAUUUGCUACACACGGGGGAUUGUCUCCCGAGGGGUUAAUGUGGGCAGAGCCGUUCAAGGAAUGGAUUCAUAAUGUGUUGUCUAACUCAAAAUACAGCGCUAGUGAGAGAAAAACUAAGUUUCUGGAAUAUAAAAAAGUGAAGACAUUUUCGAAGGCACAUCCUACCAGUGAACAUUUCAUCCCCAUCGCCAUAUGUUGUGCAGCAAGUGGAUAUCAGGCAGCAGAAAUUCUUUUUUCGGAAUUUUCUGUAGGAUGUUUGUUGAAUGAUCAAUACAGAUUUCCAGCAGCAAAAUAGGUCUAAAGCUUGUGUUAUCAUACACUAUUCAUGCCAUUUAAUAGCAUUCCUAAUUCAUUGUCAUAUUGCUUUCUUCAAAAUAAUCUAACUUUGAUAACAUUAUUUACUCCAUAAACCCCCUCCCUACUUUAUCAAAAUGGAUGCAGAGACAAACCAUAAAAUCAUGACUGGUGUUAAAGUUUAAACAUUAUUCAAUAUUGUAUCUGAUUUUGGCUAUUUUGGUUAAUAAUUAAGACUAUCAUUUCUCAUAUGAUGCAAAGCCCAUUGAAAUUUCAUUUUAAGCUUUAAAAAGCUAUUCAUUACUCAAACAUUUUAUUUCAUUUGCCAUAUAUUCCAAUUUCUACUCAAGUUGGACUCAAUGAAACUAUCAAACUUAAUCUGUUUCAUUUGCUCAUGAAUUUGACCAGAUUAACACUGAUCAGUGCGUAUGAAUACAUGGUUAAAAUCCUUCCGCGGAACGAUUUCACUAUUUCCACAUUGUUGUUAUAAACAUGGAAUAAUUAUUAAAAUU